CUGGUAUCAGGUGGCGGAGUCAACACCAGCGCAUGAGAAUCGUGGUCUAUGGCCCAGACGUUUCCUUCUAUCGGCUAACCUGAUUUUCUCCAUACCUUCUUUCUUCUCUCUCUCUCUCUCUCUCUCUUAACACCCCCUUCUCCUUUCCUUCCUCCCUGCGUUUAUUACGGUCUCGUGUCUAAACCCCCUCCGGGGCUCUGAACGUGUGAGCGCCGGACCGUUUCUCUCGCAUUUUGUCCCAAAAUGACUUCCCGGAAGAGCCCGCCUCGCGGAUGCAAGAACCCACCUGAAUCCGCUGCUUCCCCUCCUGAAUCUCAUGAACCACCACUGCGCACCGUUGGAAGCAAGAAACUCAAGGAAGACGACCAUUAUGAUGCCGGAGACGACGGCCUUGGCACCCUCAAGAUGAUGGUCAUGAUGAUCCGUGCCCUGGCAGCUCCUCCCAAGGGCUUCCACCACAAGGCUUUCAGCCAAUCUGCUCGCCAUCCGGUUCCCGGAAAGUCCCCCAUGGUGUGGUGGUCUCGCCCUCUCGGACAGGUCAUACUGGAGGUCCUGAGAUUCCACCCGAUUCCUUGUGCAUUUGCCGUCUCCCUGCUCUUCUUCAUGGGGGUUGAGUACUCCCUGCUCAUGGUUUCCCCUUCUUCCCCUCCUUACGAUCUGGGAUUCGUCUUCACCCAUAGCCUCCACCUCUUCCUGGCUCGGCGGCCCUCCCUCAACACCAUCCUCGCCGCCCUCAACACGGUGUUCGUGGGGAUGCAGACGGCCUACAUCCUGUGGGCAUUGCUUGUAGAAUGCCGGCCGAGGGCAGCCAUCGCCGCUCUGUUCAUGUUCACAUGCCGAGGGAUCUUGGGCUACGCCACUCAGCUUCCGUUACCAAAGGAAUUUCUGGGUUCCGGCGUGGACUUCCCGGUGGGGAACGUUUCUUUCUUCCUCUUCUUCUCAGGGCAUGUGGGCGGCUCCGUCAUCGCCUCCAUCGAUAUGAGGCGGAUGCAGAGGUGGGAGCUGGCGUGGAUCUUCGAUGCCCUCAACUUCUUGCAGGGGCUGAGGCUCUUGGCCACAAGGGGCCACUAUACCAUCGACCUGGCCGUUGGCGUCGGCGCCGGCUUCCUCUGCGACGCACUAGCCGGCCGAUACCAGGAGAUCAAAAGCACAAGCAGCAAGGACGCUUGGUCACCCACCGCGACCCUUCAGCAGCAGCAGCUCGUCCCGGUCGUCCAACAACCUCUGCUUGUUUCCAAACCACAUCCAUCUACCCUAUAGUUUAAACUUUAACACGGUUGUUGCAAUUUCCUGUUGUUUUGUUCAAUCACAGUAAUUUCUCGACACCCAAAAAGCAAAUAUAUAUAUAUAGAGAGAGAGAGGUUCUUCUU